AUGGUAAAGGAGGGCAUAGUUCUUGGACACAAGGUAUCACAGAAAAGAAUCGAGGUCGACAAGGCCAAAAUUGAGGUGAUUGAAAAGUUACCUCCACCGAUCUAUGUGAAGGGUGUUCGAAGCUUCCUAGGACAUGCCAGAUUCUAUAGGCGUUUCAUCAAGGACUUCUCCAAAAUUGCACACCCUAUGUGCAAGCUUUUGGAGAAGGAGGUGAAAUUUGUCUUUGAUGAGGCAUGUCUCAACACUUUUGAGUGCCUAAAAGAAAAUCUGAUUUCAGCACCAAUGAUUAUUGGCCCAGACUGGGCGAAACCAUUUGAGGUGAUAUGUGAUGCUAGCGAGACUGCGUUAGGAGUUAAGUUGGUACAAAAGCGCAACAAGAUGUUCCAUUCGAUUUACUAUGCUAGUAAGUCACUAAAUGGGGCACAACGAAACUAUAUAGUCACUGAGCAUGAACUAUUAGCUGUAGUGUUGGAAGCUGCAAAGAAGGAAGAACCUGAGCUCGAGAUAGAUGACACAUUCCCGGAUGAGCAGGUAUUAGCUGCUACUCUUGACCUUAUUCCUUGGUUUGCUGACUAUGCUUAUUUUCUGCGGCAAGGAGCCAUCUCUCGACACCAUAAGUUACCUAUGCCACCUAUUCUGGAGGUGGAAUUGUUUGAUGUGUGGGGUAUUGAAUUCAUGGGACCCUUUGUGAGUUCAUAUGGACAGAAAGACAUAUUGGUUGCGGUUGACUAUGUGUUCAAAUGGGUUGAAGCUGUUGCUUUACCCGAGAACGAUGGAAAUAGUGUUGCUGGUUUUCUGAAAAAUAACAUCUUCUCAAGGUUUGGAACACCCAGAGCCAUUAUCAAUGAUGGUGGUUCUCACUUCUGCAACAAGGUUUUUAGUGCACUUCUGACCAAGUAUGGGGUAAAACAACACAAGGUGGCAACACCUUAUCACCCACAGACUAGUGAUCAAGUGGAGGUCUCCAAUAGGGAAAUUAAAGCAAUUUUGGCAAAGACAGUGAAUGCCAACAGAACAGAUUGGGCAUGGAUGCUAGAUGAUGCUCUAUAA